UUGGACCAAUUGGGUACCUGAAAGCCAUCACUGCUUCCUCUUGCUCUGAUUGGAAGGCACGACCCGUCGCUCACCUUGGAUGAGAGCGAGCACAAACUGCCAAGAUGAAGCAUUACGAGGUGGAGAUUCUGGAUGCCAAGACCAAGGACAAACUCUGCUUCCUGGACAAGGUUGAGCCAAAUGCCACUAUUGGGGAGAUCAAGUCUAUGUUCCACAAAAGCCGAAAUAGGUCUCUGAUUGUCUCUCAGGUGUUUCUGACAGAGUAUGGUGGUCCUCUUCUCCUCUACCUAAUGUUCUACUUCCGUGUUCCCUUCAUCUACGCCCCCAAAUAUGACUUCACCACCAGCAAGCACUGGGUCGUACAUCUAGCCUGUAUGUGUCACUCCUUCCAUUACCUGAAGAGACUCCUGGAGACCCUGUUUGUCCAUCGCUUCUCCCACGGGACCAUGCCGUUACGCAACAUCUUCAAGAACUGCACCUACUACUGGGGCUUUGCUGCCUGGAUGGCCUAC